AUGCAGGCUAUGUCCGAGUCACUCAUCUCAAGGGCACUGGAAGCGCGCUGUCAGACCUUUGAGGGCAACUACGAGUGGCAAGUUCAUACGCUUGCGUAUGCGGAGAAUGAGUGGAAUGCCAGUGUGCCUUGGAACAAACCGACCUCGAAAGUCCUAAAGGCAGGCGAACAAUACACGAUUGGUCUUAAGUUCUCGGCCGCCGAUGAUGUCCAGCACAUUGAAGACGCUGUGGUAAAAACUGGGACUCCAGUUGCAAUGGGUGUCCCAGGAUUCGUGGUACCAUCUGGAUCCUCGGCACGACUCUUCUUGAAACACUCCUCGCCCGUUCGCAACAUCGACGCCAAUGGAGCUCUUGAGAUAUCGAAGCUGGCCUCGCCUGGCAAUGCAUACAAGCUUACUCCUGCUGCUUCAGCAUGGGGUCGAGCACGAGUGACUAUUACCUACGAGGAUGGCAAGACGCAAACUGUGCAUUACUUCAUUCCCAAAUCGGCACCUUCGUCACUCGCUGAUCUUGGUAAUUUCUUCACCACAGCUGCUCAUUUCACUGAUACCUCAGAUCCGUUUGGCCGCGCUCCAUCCAUCAUGAAUUAUGAUCGAGAAGUGAACCAGAUUCUUGCCCAAGAGCCUCGUGUCUGGUUCUCUGGGCUCAGCGAUGAAGCCGGUACAGGAGCUUAUCUCGCGACCGCUAUGAAGCAGUAUAUCCAACCUGUGGCAAAGGAAGUCGAGAUUCUAGACGGGUUUGUGCAUGAAACCAUGUUCAAAACGCUGCAGCUAAAUGGCACUUACAAGGUCAUUGCCAGUGCAUUCUUCCACGAGCCUGGUGCUGUUGACUUUGCAUACAACCCCUCGUUCGAUUGGACAUCGUGGACAUCCUGGAACCGCUCCCGAUCAUACACCACAACUUGUGCAUACAACUACAUUCACCCAACAGCCACAUACUGGACGUUAUACCGCACAGCCAGGGGCUACCCAGAGCAUAAACUCCGAGCAGAUUGGUCCUGGUACCUCGGCCGUGCAGUCAACACCACACUCUACUGUCUUGGAAACGAGAGCGCCAACUGCGAAUACGGACUCUUCGGACUGAUGGGCGAGUGGGUGCUCGGCGAGCUGCUCUCCGACCUAAAACGCGAAGCCAUGACGGCCGAAGCCUCUGCCCUCGAAACCGCCAUGCGUUUCCGCGCCGACCACUGGGAAUCGCAAACAGUUCCGUUUGGUAGCGAAAUGGCCUGGGACAGCACAGGCCAGGAAGGUGUCUACUACUGGACCGACUACUUCAAGCUCCCCGUCACCCCGGCCAAGACCAUCAACAGCAUCCUCGCCUACAUGCCCACAGUUGCCCACUGGGGCUGGAACGGCAACGCCCGUCGAUACUGGGACUUUGUGUACGGCGCCAAGAUAGCCCAGAUUGAACGCCAGCUCCACCACUACGGCUCCGGUCUAAACUCCCUGCCCAUGCUUCAUGCCUACGAGCAGAAUCCAAAGGGCAACUUGUACAACCUGCGCGUAGGGUUCGCAGGCAACACCGCACCGCUUACCAACAUUGACGAGGAAGGAUUCGCCUCUGCGGCCUUCCACUCCUUCCCCGAGCUGCUCAAGUGGGAUCCCUACGUUGGCGACUACGGCCAGGGCUUCCUCGGCCUCAGUCUAGGACAGUGCGUCUACGUGGUCGCAGACGCCGAGCACGGCGACCUAGUUUUUGGCGGCGACCUCGACGACGCAAAGAGCAAUGCUGGUUCGCUGACGGUGGCGCCCAAAGACGCCGUGCAGCGACGCGUUUUCAUUGCGGCCUUGGGCCUCAAAGUUGAAGUCAGUGCGGGCGCUAUUGCAGAGUUUGUCUAUGAGAAAGAGACUCGGCGCGUGGUGUUGACGCUUGUGCCUGCUACCCGGGCAGAGGCGCUGCAGGCGAAGUCAGCGGUGGUGUGGUUGAAGGAGAGUGGCAAGGAGGAUGUGGGGUAUAGCGUUGAGGGUGGGAAAGCGAGCAGGGGUGGCUGGGAGGUUGAGGUUGCGGCUGGUGGUUCAAAGGUGACGGUUGCGAGCUCUUGA